AUGACCCAAGGGAUUUAUAGCUACUUGAUCUCUUUCAGUCUCGUCUCAAUAACGUAUAUCUGGAUCUACACCCGACGAAGGUACAGAUCAAAAUCGCUCGCUUUGGCUCCACUUGCUCCCACACCUCAUUUUGUAACAAAGUACUUUGGUCUAGUACCUCCUCCAUCUACUUCUGAAAAGACAGACGAGAUUUCCAAGUUCCUGAUCCGUGCUGGACAGGAUUCCAAGUAUUCUCCCGUUAGUGUCUGCUGGUCUAUCACGGGAAAGCCUCUGGUGGUCGUGAGUACGUUAAAGGGUAUAAAGGAUGUUUUGAUAACUGGUCAGCACAAGUCGAAGAAUGAAAUACCUAAAGUGCAGCGAGGUGAUCUGAUCCGAUUGAUUCACAACCUAGUGUUUGGUGGUAAAAAUCUGAACAACACUAUUGGAGAGGCAAGUAAGAAGAGAGGGGAAUGGCGUUGGAGACGUCAUGUUCUUUUACCACCGUUUCAACCAAAGCAGCUUGUCCCUAAAUUACUCCCAUAUGUAACAAGACGUGUAAAUGAUCUGAUGGAACUAUUUGCAAAACAUGCUGAAGAAGGGAGUGCUGCUGAACUCGACAGCUAUUUUAUGGACACCACAAUGGAUGUUAUCAAUUAUUAUCUAUAUGGUAGACAUGAUCUUAACUAUGACUUGGUUGGAGGAAGAACAAACCUUAAGUUUAUCCACGGGCAUCUUGGUUUUGGCUUUCAAUCACUCAAGGCAUGGCUACCUUUUGGUAUCAACAAGACUGAUUGGGGACAAAAGAGCUACAAACCGGCUCGCGAACAACUCAAGACGUUUAUUCGAGAUUCAUUAAAGUAUGCUCUACAAGAUUAUCACUAUGAUCUGAAGAAAUUUAAAGAACGAGGUAUACCACCAAAAGAUCACAUCUAUCGAUCCGUUGCUGCAUGCGCCUUUGCCAGCGGUCGUUACGGUGAAGACCAUGUUGACCUGGUCAAUGAUUUACUUGCGCUUACCUUUGCAGGCUAUGACACUACAGCUCACACGCUUGCCUUUACAUUUGCAGAGCUUGCCCAGAAUCCCCAGCUACAAGAAGACCUAUUUAACCAAGUCCGUCAAGUUUUGGGUCCCCCACCUAUCGAUCCAGACACAAUCACGACUGAGAAGCUAGCCAGGAUGCCUUUGGUUACCGCUGUUUACAAGGAAGCUUUACGAAAGUACCCAGCUGUUGUCUUUAUCCCUGUUCAUGUCAAUCGUGAUAUCCUUGUCGAUGGCGUUGUUGUACCUGGAGACUCAGAGAUAUGGUGUAACGUGAGAGGUGUUCAAAUGAACCCUAGGAUAUUUCCCGACCCUGACAAGUUUGACCCCACGCGUUGGUUGCGGCCUGAACAUGAAGAAAGCGAAGAUCACUCUUUUGAUACAUUCAAGCCACCGUCGACCUCAGUAGAUCUUAUCACGCCAAGCAACCAGUACGAUUUCCCUGAUAUCGCGUUUACUCUUGGUCAACAUUCAUGCUUGGGGAAGAAUUUGGCAACCCUUGAGCUCAGACUGAUCAUCGCUUCUACUGUCAAUCAAUUCACUUUUCACUUAAAAGAAGGGUGUCACAUUGAUACCAAAGUGGUUCUUACUACAAAGCCUCGUCAUGGUGUCUGGACUUAUUUCAAGAAAAGAGUAAACGAUGCUGUUCAAUAA